UCACCAACAGCAACAGAAAAAUUACCGCAGCAGCAGCAGCAACAUCAACGCCAGCAGCAACAUCCCAAGCCACUCCACUCGACUCCUCCGCCAACAACUCUUACUCUUUUUUUACUUUACAUAGUCCAGCAGCGCAGUCGCGACCAGCAGCAGCAGCAGCAGCGCAGCAUACGUAAGCUGCAACGGCAGCCGCCGCAUGGUGGCAGCAUCAACAUCAAUUUCGCUUUUGGGCAAAAAUAAUUUAAGAAAAAUAUAUGUGAUGCUAUGCACAUCAGCAGCUAUGAAUUAUGCUUAGAACGCGUUGCUGAAGAAUUUAUGGGUCGCAGGAAAUGGAAACAUUAUCAGGAACAACUGACGCGCAUCCAACUAAAUAUCGCAGAGCAACAGCCCAUAUUAAUAGGCCCAGAGGACGAGCAAUACAGCAGCAACAACAGCAACAGCAGCAGCAACAACAACAACAACAACAACGGCAACGACAACCACUGUAAGACACAGAACCACCGUCUAAAUAAGCCCAACGUUCUACAACAACAUUUAAAUAAAACGCUGCAAUUGCUAACAGAAGAUUUUGAGAAUAACUACACAUCACAAGAUUCGAGUGCAACAUCACCAUCACGUACACGUACACCAUCACCACCGCCAGAGCCCAACGAUUGGAUACCGUCUGAAAAGUGCAAUUUUUGUGUUAACGGUCGCUUGUUAACGGUGAACGCCAUAGGCGAAUUAGUGGCCGAAACGGCGCCCACAUUAGCCAUACAACACAACGGCAACAUAGUGCAUCAGCACGACAGUGACAGCGAUUCGAGCGCAUCACUGCAUAUCAGCAGCAGCAAAAGUUAUAAUAACAGCAACAACAACAAGUCUGGAGGGCGCAACAUUGCCGCAGCAGCAACAGCAGCAUCAUCGGCGGCAAGUGCAACAAAUUCUCAAGAACUUUAUAAGCUGCUAACCCAACAGGCUGUCAAAAUGACAUCAAUGGACUCAAUGGCCGCCCAAUUGGCACUGUUGGCCGAUUUCAGUCUGAUCAAUUCAUUGGCAGUGAAUCAACAGCAUGUUAACUCGGUAACGCCAACUACCUCAGAAGAUAUUUCUGCCGUUGCAAUUAGUCCCACACUCAAAGAUACGCCCAGUCCCAGUGUAGAUGCUCCGCUGGAUCUUAGUAGCAAACCAUCGCCGAACUCAUCAAUUAGUGGCGAUAUAAAGUCAACCAGAGCCCUUUCCGAUUGUGCGACACCACUUUCAUCGGCCAGACGGACUUACAGCGAAGAGGAUCUGAAUAGAGCGCUGCAAGAUGUUUUGGCCAACAAAUUGGGUACUCGUAAGGCGGCAAGCCAAUACCAUGUGCCGCGUUCCACACUCCGAAAUAAGCUCUAUAAGAUUACAUUGGAUGCCAAACGUCUGAAUGCCCGAACACCGCCAGAAUUGCUGCGCCUGCAGCAAGAGCUUGAGUUCGAUGAACCAGACGAUUCGGGAGAUGAUGAUGCCGAUGGGGAUGAGCAUGAGAUGGAACGGGAGAGCAAUGCAUCGACGCCGCAUCAACAGCACUAUCAGGACUUGGCCCAGCGUAUUGCGGCCACUGCCCAAUUGAGUAAACUUAGCGUCAUGUCCGAGCACAAUGGCAGCGAUAUGGGUGAUGAUCUGGAAUCGAGAUCUGCUAAUAUUUCGCCAAAACUGCCAAGGGGUCACGUAUCAUCGUCGGGAGCUGCAACAGCGGCAGCAACGGCUGCUGCCUCUGGUCUGCCCAUGCCCAUCGAUCCCAAUGUCCUGCUGCAUACACUUAUGUUGGCCGCUGGAAUUGGUGCAAUGCCCAAAUUGGAUGAGACGCAGACAUUGGGGGAUUUGAUUAAAACGCUUGUGGUUGCCAAUAAUGGUAGCAUUAUCAAUGAGACUUUGGCCAAUUUAAUGACUGCCAAUCAUGAGGUAGGCAAUGGCAAUGCCAGUGCGAAUACAGCAUUGCUCCUGCAACAACAGCAACAACAUCAGCAGCAGCAGCAGCAACAGCAACAGCAACAACAUAUGAACGCAGCAUCCGUUUUUCGGCAUCGUUUACCAAAGUCUGAAACACCCGAGACUAGCUCCUCGUUGGAUACCAAUGAGACUGUCGAGGAUUCCAUACUGAAGAUUCCGUCCUUUAAGAUCAGCGGCCCGGCCAGUAUCUCGCCAAGCAUUCCCAGCAGCAAUAUCAUUAACAAUAACAACAACAACAUUAACAAUAAUUCCAAUUGUAGCAGCAAUCGCAAUGGCAGCGGCAGUGGCUCACCCAUGCUAGCAGCCGCAGUGGCCAACACAAAUUACUCGGGCAACUCGUUACUGUCGCCGUCACCCACAUCCAUACAAAAGAUGAUGGCCAGCAAUAUACAACGGCAAAUCAAUGAACAGAUCACUCCGGAUGUGGCAACAAGCUUACGCAACGGCAAUGCCGGCUCCAACGAUUGCAGCAGCAACAAUAAUGGCGGCAGUGGCAUCUCCUCCAGCGGCAGCAAUUACAAGAAGCCAAGCAUAUCGGUGGCCAAAAUAAUUGGCGGCACAGACACCUCACAUUUUGGGGCUUCGCCCAAUCUGCUGGCCCAGCAUUCGCAUCAUUCCCAUCUGCCUGCUCAUCAUGCCGCUGCCCAUGCCCACCACCAGCAACAGCAGCAGCAGCAACUGAGUGCAGCGGAAGCCGCCGCAUUAGCGGCUGGCAAGGGGACACGUCCGAAACGUGGCAAAUACAGAAACUAUGAUCGCGACAGCCUAGUGGAGGCAGUCAAGGCUGUGCAACGGGGUGAAAUGUCGGUGCAUCGGGCGGGCAGCUACUACGGUGUGCCGCACUCCACAUUGGAGUACAAAGUCAAAGAGCGGCACUUGAUGAGGCCGCGCAAACGAGAGCCCAAGCCGCAACCGGAUCUUGAUGGUCUGACCGGCAGGGCGGGAGCCAGCAAACUGAGUGCACUCAGUCAGCUGGAGAAGCUUAAGGCGGGCACCAACAGUUCCAGUCAGGCCAAUUCCAAGCUGAGUAAUGCCCUCAAGAACAACAGCCAGGCAGCGGCGGCGGCGGCAGCAGUUGCGGCCGCAGCAGCAGCACCCAAUGGUCUCAAGUUGCCCCUGUUCGAUGGCGGCGCGCCGUUGUCCUUCCAGCCGAAUAUGUUCUGGACCCAGCCGAAUGCGGCGGCCAACUAUGGCCUGGACUUUAAUCGCAUGGCCAGCGCUGCUGCUGCCGCGGCCAAUGCCAAUCAUCAUGGCCAUGGCGGAGUGCCGCCCAUGAAGAGCGCCCUGGAGAUUGCCGAGAAUAUGUACGAUGGCAUUAUACGUCAGACCCUGCAGAAUGAUGCCAAGAAUCAAGGCAAUGGCCAUGGUCAUGGUAAUGCCCUGCUCGAUCAGCUUCUGGUGAAGAAGACUCCCCUGCCGUUUACCAAUAAUCGUAGCAAUGAUUAUGCCUCCAUCUGCCCGCCAGUCAGUACCGAGAGCAUUAAACGCUCGGCCAGUCCAAUGGGCUCGUAUGCGGAUAUUAAGCGGGAGCGUCUCAGUGGUGAAAGUGGUAGUAGUAGCGAUGAGGAACUAAAUGAUCAUCAUUCCCACAAUAACAACAACAACAAUAACAAUAGCGAUUUAGCUCACAAUAAAAACAAGAGCAACAAUGGCACCACUAACAACAACAACAACAAUAAUAAUGGCAACGGACGCAGCCGAAUGACCUCAAGGGACUCGGAAACGGAUGUGAGUAGUCUAAAGAGCGAACAAUCGCACAGUUCGGCCCAAAAGCAUAGCCACCACAAUAAUAACAAAAUGAUGGAUCUCAAUGGCCAAUGCCACAGCGGUGGACACAUUAAAUGUGAAUCACCGCCAAGUCCCAGUCCAGCAACAGCAGCAGCAGCCGCAACAGCAGCAACAAUUGGACCCAACAGCAGCGGCAGCAGCAGCAGCAGUAGCAGCAGCAGCCGCCAUAGCAGCGGGUCCAUUCUGCAUGAGAAACUUGCCCAAAUCAAGGCCGAACAACAGCAACAUGAGCAGCAACAGGCCGAGGAGCAAUUAUAGGAGCAACAGGUGGCAGCCUCAACAUUUGCCCCAUGGCCACCAUUGGCCACAUACUACUACAGCUUCUAAAAAAAAAAAGCAGAACGGAUAGAUGCAACCAACCAAUAAAAACAAACAAAAACAACAACCAAAAUUGCAAACAGAUAAGCAAGUUUUUCAAUGAAAAACAAAACAUAAACAUAAACAAAAAAACACAUUAAACGUUAGUUAAAUAUGUGCGCUCAUAGUUAGAGACGCCAACUAGCUCUUAUUGUUAGUUAAGAUAUAAGAAACAAGAUGCAACAUGCAACCAGAGAAAGAGAAACACAUACAUACCUACACAUAUAAAAAGUAUUUCAAAACUUGAAAUGUGUAUAUGUAUUUUGUUUCAUUUUGACAAUCGACUAAUAGGCAUUCUCCUGUACAAACUUUCUUAACACACAAAACACUCACAACAACACAAAACACAAACAAAUCUUAAACCAAAUGGGCUAGUUCUUAAUUCUGUUAACAAAAUUGUUGGAAUCCUUUUUUUAAUCUCCACUUGGUAAGAACAACUUCAAUCUAAAACAAAUUGGCGAUGAACAACUUUUUAUAUUCUCAUAGACUUUACCAAUAUGAAAAUUAUCAAAAAUUUUAAUCAACAACAUCCGAUUGGAAUCACAAUUCAAGUAUUUAUAUGUGAAACUCUUGAAAAGUCUCUUUCGUUUAUAUAAUUUAAAGAUUUUCUACAGAAUACCUAUACAUUUUAUAAAGAGUUAGAACAAUAUCAAAAAGCGUAAAGUAUAUGAAAAUUUCGGCCAAGUCGAUUUAUGUUCAUGGCCCAUUUGUUUUUUGUUUGACCCAAGUGACAAUGUUGAAUUGCUAACGGAAUUCAGAACGAACCCAAAGGAAAACAAAAUGAGAAACAACAACAAAAUAAACAACAACAAAAAAAACACCAAACCAUACAACAACAAUGAUAAACAACUAAAAGACCUUAAGACCAAAACAGAGCAAAGUAAAACAUUUAUAAUUUUGCAUUUUAUAUUUUCGAAAAUAAAAAAAAUAUA